UGCUCUUAGCAAAAUGAGCAGCACAGAGACAGACGAUGCAUCAGAAAGUAGCUGCGCUUCUCUUGAAGAACCAAUCACGGAAGUGACGUACAUAUAUGACGUACCAUCUCCUUGCAGUGAAGACUUCGACACAGACCUUGAAGAUUCAGACCAGCUUGCAAGUGAAAGACAGGAGCUGAGAAGUCGGGAGAAUGUGGACAUCGGCCACAUCACCUACAUAGACGUGUGUCAAGAGCUGGACACGGUCCCUAUCCGACUCGUCAUAGAGCAGCUCAAAGGGACUGAGGUCUGUCUCCAACACAUCGGGCUCAACACCCGUGACGUCAUCGCCAUCAUGUAUGCUCUGUUGCACAACAGUAGAGUUGAGAGCCUCGAUUUGACAGAUAAUGGAAUGUCCGAGGAAGCCCAGUUACAUGUCAUCGAAGUGUUACGUCAUGACAAUGCUAUCUCCAGUCUUAACAUGGCGGAAAACAAGAUUACACCUAUAUGCGCAGCUUCCUUAGGAAGCGUCAUAGAAGACACCACGUGGCUAACCCAUCUUAACCUGUCCGGUAUGGGUCUUGGAAACGAAGAAGCCAAGCAUAUAGCAACGGGCAUGAGGGGAAACGUCAGCAUCGUGUGGUUAAACCUGAGUAAUAAUGAAAUAGAGGAAUCCGGUGCUAUACAUAUUGGAAAGGCACUAACCAUAAAUGACACGUUACAUGUCCUUGAUUUGAGCUGGAACCACAUCCGAAUGAUAGGGGCGGUAACUCUAUGUAAAGGACUGCAAGAAAACACGUCCAUCACCAAUUUGAACGUGUCUUGGAACGGGUUUGGUUACGAGGGCAGUAUUGCGCUGGAGGACGUUUUAAAAGACAACACUUCUCUCAAAGUUCUUGACCUUACAAACAACAGAAUCACAUGGGAGGGAGUUAAACACGUGAUCCGGGGGUUAAAGGCCAACAGAACCCUACAGAUUUUAAAGAUUGGAACAAAUCCCAUCACCAUGGACGGUUGUCGUAAAAUAUUGGAGGUUGUUGACAAAGAUAACAGUUCUGUAAUUCAUGUCAACCUCGAGGGAAUACCCAUUAACACAAAGAUAGAGAAACUGGCAGAAAGCAUUGCCAAGAAGCGUUCGUUUACCUUUGCACAUGGGCGUAUAACUGACUCACAGUUUAUGAUGGGCAUAAAAAGAGAGAAGCGAGAGGACCCGUUUUCACUGUUGAUUCGUUACAUCAGUAUGAUGGGGAUACGGAUUAUGGAUUUAUUCCGGAUGUUUGACACUGAAAACGGAGCCUCUGUGUCCAAGGCUAAUUUUAUCCGCGGGCUAAAGAAAAUUGGAGCUCCCAUUAGUGAACAUGACAUGAAAAUCGUUGCCCAGCGACUAGAGCGUAAAGGACAGGGAACCAUUAGCUACAGCAUUCUUGCAAAUGGGGUCAGAAACCAUUUAAGAGCAGAAAGAAAAGAAGACAAACGAAACGAAUUGAUAGAGAAACAGAAGCGGGAGAAGCGAAAGUCCAUCCUAAUGGAGGGAACCCAACGCAUGGUCCCUGCCGAGCUUCAGGAAUUACGGCUUCUCUCUUCCUUGGGCAAUAAGACGCUUUCUCAAGUUUUCAGUUGUACAUCUUCGAUGUCCAGUCGCCAUGGCUCGAUUACAGAGCGGGAGUCUAUUAUGCUUCCGUCGCUUCAAGAAUCUACAUCAACUGACACCGGAAAUAUACAUUCUGCGCGGACAUUCUCUCUUCCAGUAACUUCCGGUGUUUCAGGAGGAAAGAACUUAGGUGCUAAGCCUAGACAGAAAACUGGCGGCAGUUUAUCUUUGUAAAGAUCUUGUUAAUUACGAUUAUUGUGAAUCUAUGAUAUGACAUUGAUUUAUUUAUUUAUGUCAUCAAGUAUAUAUGCACCGAUAGUCCGAAAGGUAAUUAAUCAUACGUUUUAAUGAAGUUUAGAUUAACCAAAAUCUGCCGGCUUUAGCAAUAAUGGUCUAAUUUUUUUGGACGACAAAAGCAGGGUGGAAUUCUUUUCAGUGACAUGAUUAUCACAAAACCCCAUUUUCCAGUACAAUACCUUCGUUGGAAUUGAUCAAUAUUAUGUUCCUAAUAGCUUGCCAUUAUUAAAUAUUUCCUUUAUGUCGUCUUUUGAUUUUGAAAUAUCAAGAACGGGAACACAAUACAUUUUUUAUCUAACCGUUUCACCAAAAACACCCACCUUAGUGACUGCGACAUCACAUUUGAUUUAAUAUAAAUAGCUGACAUCCUUACAAUACAGAUUUGUACUUUAUCUUGUAAUAAUUUAAAAAUCCAUUUGAUAAUAUCCCACAUUCAGACAUAUACUAGCUAGUAUCCUAAUGACAUCUCUGACCGGUAAUUGCGAUAUCGAAUUCGAACUUCCUAAAGAAGUACAGUUUUCAUUUUUUGCUGUCUUCGGAUUGAAAAGGAAAUAAAGCUGAACGGUCCCAACCUUGUUUUUUUUUUACCACCAAUUUCAACGAUCAAAAAUGAUAAAAGUUCACUGGAUUUUAUUUUUUUUCUGCAUGUCAUUAUCAAUCUUGGUUUAACUAAUACACGUAUUAUAUAAUAACGCUAUUUGUAUAAAACUGGAAUUAGAAAGUGAAACCUCAUGGUGAUAUGUUUAACUUACAAUUUGGUGCGAUUUAAAUUGGUUUAAAAGAAGGGCGAUGCCCAUCUAGCGAUAUUUAUCCGUUUAUUACAUUUACAUGUAGUAUGUUGUGUGCUUAUACCCGGUAUCUUAAAAUUAAACUUUAAAAUUAUUCAGUUUCUAACGGAGAAAUAUUGAAGAAUUUCGAAUAAAACAAUUCAGAAGACUAUAUGGCGUCACGGAGCUGAUUAAUACAUUUGAACAUUUAAAACUAUUUUGAAAAAAAAAAAUUCUGCCCGUAUGAAAAAAGAGAGAAGAUAACAGUUUUUCUCAAAGUUUAUUUGGUAAAAUAGAAGAUGGUCUUGUGAUGUUUAUUAAUAUUGAAAGUUAAAGCCAACGAAACUAUGCUUCCAGGAUACUUGUUUCUAAUGUAUAUAAACUAAACAGAUUGAAAAUUUUUCUCACAAGCGUCAAUCUUAAACUAAGAAGGCAAUCAUUCAGGCUUUACUUAAAGAAAUGGUUCAUUUCUAUUUUUUACAAUAAAUAAUGAAAUGCACGCUUUGUUGGACAUUAUUUAAAAUAGAUCAUGUUAACGAGCGAAAAGUCAACUAUUUCUGUAGGAGUUAUGAUAAGCUUUCUAUUCAGACGGUCAUUUAGCCUUAAAUGAAAUUAAAUACCGAAUAUUCUUCCUUUAUAAUAGAUCUUAUUGUAUUACUCUUGCAGGGUUCAUUACUUUAAUGUCUAGAGAUUUUUUCCAUAAAAUAUUCGCACAUUCAUUAUUUAUUUGA